AUGACGCAUGAGUUGGCAGAAAACAUCCUGGUGGGGCAUUUUGAUCCAGGUAACAAUCAUCGCCACAGUUGGCUUGUGGCAGCUGGAUCAAACCCCGCCUAUGAACAGUUCGCCUUGCAGUAUCAGCUUUGGUACAAAGGUUCUGGACGGAAUACCUUUUGGUACCACCCCACCUUUCUGGUGGAGGCCUUGGAUGGUGCGAAGAUUUGGCGAACCCGUGACUACCGUGUGAGACGGAAAGAGACGCCUGGCCUUUGGGACUUUUCAGUGGUGGACAACGGCAUCAUUUCAGAGGAGCGUUGGCAUCUCUUGGGGGCAGAUGAUGACUUGCAGUGGAUUGUCCUUUUCUAUGUAGGUGCAGCGCGAAAAGCAGGCUUGUCAUAUCGUGGAUGCUUGGUUUUGACACCAGAAGGAGAGAUGCCUGGCCCAGAGCAUGCAGAGGCUAUUAGCGCUGCUAUUGCAAGGGCAGACAUGAAGCCCUGGGAACUUGAGGCAACAAGCAACCCACCAGUGGACCCUGCGAAUCCUCCACCCUUGAUUGCUCCGGAGAGUCAAGAGCCUAUUCCACUUUUGGCCCGGAUGGCUGCGGCAGCAUAA